GGCGGCUGCGGCCUGCCGGUAACCCGCAAGUGAUUGGGAAUCCCAAAAGACAACAGUUUCUCUUUUAAGAGAUCUCAGAAAGACGCCAGGAUGCCACAUCGCACCAUUCAUCUUUUCCGCAAGGGACUUCGGCUUCAUGACAACCCAACGCUGCUGGCUGCGCUGGAGUCCUCAGAGGUUGUGUACCCUGUCUACAUCCUGGAUAGAAAAUUCAUGACGUCGGUGAUGAACGUAGGGGCUCUGCGUUGGCAUUUUCUGCUGCAAUCCCUGGAGGAUCUGCAAAAAAACUUGCUACAGCUGGACUCUUGCUUACUGAUUAUUCAAGGAGAGUACGAGUCUGUUCUUCGAGAUCAUGUCAAAAAGUGGAACAUCACACAAGUGACUCUGGAUGCGGAGAUGGAACCAUUUUACAAAGAGAUGGAGGCCAACAUACGAAGUCUGGGAGAAGAGUUGGGGUUUGAAGUGCUUUCUUUGAUCGGCCACAGUCUUUAUGAUACCAAACGGAUUUUGGACCUGAACGGUGGGACUCCCCCAUUAACAUACAAGAGGUUUCUUCACAUUCUGUCUCUGCUUGGGGACCCUGAGGUGCCUGUCCGAAACCUUACAGCUGAAGACUUCCAGAGAUGUAGGCCCCCUGAUCUGUGCCUGGCUGAGUGUUACAGGGUGCCUCUCCCCGUGGAUUUGAAGAUCCCCCCAGAGAACCUCUCCCCCUGGAAAGGAGGGGAAACUGAAGGGCUGCAGCGCCUGGAGCAACACUUGAUGAACCAGGGCUGGGUGGCAAGUUUUACUAAACCAAGAACAAUUCCAAAUUCGCUGCUUCCAAGCACCACAGGCCUGAGCCCAUAUUUCAGUUUGGGAUGUCUGUCAGUUCGCACCUUUUUUUAUAGAUUGUCAAACAUUUAUGCUCAGUCCAAACACCACUCUCUGCCCCCGGUGUCGCUCCAAGGGCAGCUUCUGUGGAGGGAAUUCUUCUACACGGUGGCAUCAGCAACACCAAACUUCACCAAAAUGGCUGGGAACCCCAUCUGCCUUCAGAUCAAUUGGUACGAGGAUGCAGAGAGGCUCCACAAAUGGAAAACGGCUCAGACGGGGUUUCCGUGGAUUGACGCGAUUAUGACCCAGCUCCGCCAGGAAGGCUGGAUUCACCAUCUUGCUCGGCACGCUGCUGCCUGCUUCCUGACGCGGGGGGACCUUUGGAUCAGCUGGGAAGAGGGCAUGAAGGUGUUUGAAGAGAUGCUUUUAGAUGCUGACUACAGCAUCAAUGCAGGGAACUGGAUGUGGCUAUCGGCCAGCGCGUUCUUCCACCAGUACACACGCAUCUUCUGUCCCGUCCGUUUUGGGAAACGCACAGACCCUGAGGGGCAGUACAUCCGGAAGUACCUGCCUAUACUAAAGAACUUUCCUUCCAAGUACAUCUAUGAGCCCUGGAUAGCAUCUGAAGAGGAGCAGAAGCAAGCAGGAUGUAUCAUAGGUCAAGAUUACCCCUUCCCAAUGGUGAACCACAAGGAAGCCAGCGAUCACAACCUGCAGCUGAUGAAACAGGUCAGAGAGGAGCAGUACAGAACAGCUCAGCUCACGAGAGAUGAUGCAGAUGAUCCAAUGGAAAUGAAGAUAAAGCGUGACCACUCUGAAGAAAACGUAAAGAAAGGAAAAAUGGCCAGGACCGCAGAACAAACCUAGAUCCUGUCAGGGAUUACCUUCUGGGAACUGAAGAAUAGCAAAUGGGGAGAGCCCGAGGCCAGUUCAGGAAACUCGUGUAUAGUAUCCAGUUGACCUGGACUAACUGUACUCAUACUUGGCCCUGCAAAUGGUAUUUCUUGUCUGCAAACUGACCCCCAACAGAACAGUUCUUUAUCUUGAAUGUCUUUGUUAGUGCGGUUAUUCUGAAUGAAAUUGUUUGCCUGUAAAUGGCAUUUGUUGCAUAUGUUAGAUAAAUUCAAGUGGUAACUGGUUUUGAUAGGACAUGUUGCUAUAGCAUCAUUCAAAUCCAGUUGAUGUUCAUGCAUCUGUAUAAAUAGUUGGAAAGACUAAUAUUUAGCAUUACAAAGUGCCAGAUGAAUGCCAGUUCAAGAAUAUAUGCACAUUAAUGUUUUCACAUACUAGUGUUAAAGGUAUGAUUUCACUGUCUUGCAUAGACAGAUUUAGGGAUUUUCAGAUUUGGUUCUUUAAUUUCACCCAGUUUGUGCACACAGCAGCCUGUUAUGAGAUUGUGUGUAGUGCCCAUGACUCAAAUAGGAUUUGUCGUGUACUCUAAGGGCAAGGUUGCAGAGUAUCUUGCUGAAUUAGGACUGAUGUACAACUUCUUUCACCAUCUUUAGAUGACCCUGCUUGAGCAGGGGGGGUUGGACUAGAUGAUCUCCAGAGGUCCCUUCCAACCUUGGCUAUUCUGUGAUAACUGUCCUUCCUGGCUAGUUUCUCUAGAACUAUAGGAUAGUUACAUGUCUUACAUGAACAAAAUAGUAAACAUCUACUAUUUCAUUGAAAUGUCUUAUUGUGAAGUUUCACAAGAGUGAUUAUCUUUGUUACGACUGGGGUUUUGGUGGGGGAGGGGAGAAGGGUGGCUUUUUAAUCAGUGUGUGAUACUAUUUUUGCUUUUACAAGAAAUAAAAAUGGUUUCUGACGUGAAAAAAUAAAGGUGUCUGGAGCAAUCCAUUGUCACAAUUGGCAUCCAUCUGUCCUCUUUGGAAACCUGGAAGCAAGACAACUCCAGUAGCAAUCCCAUGCGUCUAGAGUGAAAGGGUCCAUGGACCCAGUGUAGAAGCAGCACAUGGCCCAUGUGAGCCAGGAGGUGGCCAAGCACUGCUCCUACCAGCUCAUUUUCCAGUGUUGCUGAUGAACUGCAGGACCUGUCAGAGAAAAGCACAAUGGCAGCAGAGUGGCGCUGCCUGCUGCUUUUGCAAUAAACGUAAAAGUGGCAAGAACUGUCACCUGGAUCUGAGACGCUGGUUGUGUCCUCCCUGCUGUGUCAAGUCUGCAUCGAGCUGCUGGAGGUGCUGAUGUUGUUGGCAUUUUAGCUCCUCUACAGCAAACCUCAUGAUUGCAAUGAUGACAGAAAGAAAGGCAGCUACCCAGCCCCGUGAUGUGAGGAAGAAGGCCAAAGCAGUACAUAUUACUUUGGGGAAGGUGACUGCUGCUCUACCUGCUGGCAUCCGUAAUCUGGGAGGUUAAUUGGGUUCCUUACAGUGUGAAAUGGAAUUUGUUGCAUCAGUAGCUGCAGUGCUGUAGCCCAGUGCAGGUGACCUCAGGAAUGCAGAGCUGACUGUUGCCUCACAUUUUAAGGCAUAGUCAUUGCUUUCAAGUCCAAAAUGGGCUGGCCUUUGGUUACCUAAAUCAUCACUUCCUUGGAGACCUUUUUGUUGCUUGAGGCUUCACCAUGAGUCCUAGGAAUUGUCUCGUACAGCAAAAGACAGAGCCAUCAGCAGCAGCUGACUGCCUUUUGGUGUUCAGCAUUGCCACUAACCCUGUGACCCAGGAGAUGAUUUUGUGGAUGCUUAUGGGACAUGAACUGCAUGCAGGCACAGGCGCAUCUUCCUGUGGGGAGAGACUCCUAACCGAGCAGGUGGCACGAGUCAGCCAGGAGGUUCAAGCUUUCUUUGGGGUUCCUUCUGUUGCAAAGCAGCUGCACAGAAAACAUAUGCCUGAUCUCACUCAACAGUUAGCCCUGGUCUUUGGUUGGAAAGAAUAGAGUUCGCGUCCGCUUAGAGGCAGGAGUAGGAGCAAAGUUUUGAGCAGGAAGCUGCAAGGGAAAUUGAGUUCUUCGACAUCUGCUUCUGGGUAACAAGGUAGCAAUGGUUUCAGAAGUUCCUGUGAAAAGGAAGGGCCAAUGUCUAGUUAAUGACCACCUCUGCUCAUGGCAAAAAGACUCUUAGUAAAAAUGAAUUUCCCAACAGAAAUGUUUGUCGGUGCAUCCUCUUCUCUGUUGGGAAUCUAACCUGACUUACAGUAUUUGCAUGUGGAACUGGUCAGUUUUUAAGCCAGCCAAAUGCAUCUGGGAUUUCUGCUGAUGAAGGUUUCUGACAUCAAGGGCAUGGAGACAAGUGAUGGCAUCUUGGCUGUGCCUGUCUAGUGUGACGCAUAGCUACUCUAACUUGGUGGUGGCAGUAUCUCAAUCUAGCUUUUGUUAAGUGCAUUUAAUACAGUAGAGAGAGGUGCUUUAAACUGUUGCUGAUAGAUA